CUGCGUGCUGCGUAGGGAAAACACGUUCAUGUGUGUGAUAUCGCAUUUUCGUCGGAUAAAAUCACGAGCCCUGCUCAAGAACGCUGUGUCGCCCUGUGUUGUGAUGUGCUAGAACGACCCCAAUCAAAAUGCGACCCUAUCUAAGGAAAAUAGUGACGCUCUUGACCGGUAAGCAAUCCAGUUACACCAGGUUGGGCAGGUCCACGAUGAAGAGAACGGGGAUAUCGUGGAUCACCGCGGUUUUUUCGAAAAAAAAGGGUGACGCUUUUUGAAAAAUGCCCGUCUAGUGUUGAAUUUCGGAAUGGGGGACGACAGUUCACCAGAUCUGAGCCUGAAGUUGCGGAGGGGUUCCAGCGAUUCCAGGGAUUCCUUCUAUUUGGAUUUGGACAAAGGAAUUGAUUCCGAUAUCGAGGAGGUGGCAACCACAUCGGCCGCUGACGGGGGCGAUGUUACUGCAACCCCAACAAUUACUGGGGGGUUGAGCAUCCUGCAGGAAUCCAGCUGGCCAACAAUUCCUCCUCAGAAUAUGAGUGGAGGAAGUAAGAGUACAGUUGAAGAGCCUCACAUGCCUUCAAUGGCUUCCCCCUCUGGUAUUAUUGCCUCACCGGAGUCCUUCAGCCACCCUUCCUAUCCAGUGAAAUGUGACAAGCACAGUGCCAAAGUUCAAAUUCAUUCCUCGACAACGAAAUCCGAGCCACUUGCUGUAACACCGUUGAAUUUCUACACCCCUUAUAAUUUGAGCAGGAGAUUGUCCAGGGCGGAAAAACAGAGUGAAUGGAGGCAACUUGGAACAGACGCCCUAACAACGACUCUUUCGGCCUUGUACGGGAAGCUGCUGGUGGUUAUGGGAACGGCUUUUCCGAUGGCAGAAGUCAUUUCCACCUACGUCCCACCCUCGUUCUACGAAGCCUACUACAUCUAUCUUUACGUCGGCAGCAUGCUCUUUCUGUUCUACAUGUCCUGCGUCAUUCUCAAGGAGAAAAGAAAACGGAAGGAGGAGGACCUGAAGGAGAAAGAUGUAGAAAAAGAUGGUGAAAGUACAAUGUCAGAUGAAGAAUCGGAUGAAGUCAGUGGGGAAUCUUCAAGCACCACUUCUUAUAGGCAUAGAAAAACAUCUCUCAUGGAAGAUCCUAAACAGCAUCACUAUGGAAGCUUUUAUCUUAGAAUGGGAGCAGUAGCCUUUGGUAUCGGAAGUAUGAUUUAUUCUGGUUUGGAAUUCGGACAAUAUUUCGAAUUAGAAAGUAACACCAAAUGCCACAAUAUUUUCAUAGCCCUCACUCCAAUCACAAGAAUGGCCUUUAUUUUUAUACAAAUGUAUUUUAUAUUCCUAAACAACGAACAGAUGGGUGUAUGCAAGAGCAAAGUAAUGGCAAAAUUCGGCCUUAUGCACAUGAUUGGUACAAAUUUAUCCGUCUGGCUCAACGUGCUCGUCCAAGAAACAAAACACGAAAUCCUGACGUUCUACAAUCCAGAAAACAACUCGCUGAGGAUAUCCCACAGGAUCCCCUACAAAAGCGAUAUACUUUUAGGUCUUCCAGCGGUCACCAUGGACCAUCCUCCUGAGACUCACGGUCAUCACAUCGUAGCUAGAGGUUUGAAAGGUCCGCAUCAUUUGUACGAAUGUAGGCGGACUAAUAUCAUAGGCUCAUUGGUGCAGGACGCGUCUCCUUUUUUGUUCCCUUGCACCAUAGAGUACAGCCUGAUAUGUGCUGCGAUUUUAUAUGUGAUGUGGAGGAAUAUCUCCAAGCUUCCCAUCUUGGGAUCAGCAGCCAAAGCUAAGGCUGAAUUGUCAAACUCGUACAAAAAAAGCCCACAUCAUUAUUCCGUGGAUUGCGCUAGGGCUCAUAAAGGUCUAUUCGUUGGUAUCUUACUGCUGGUACUCACCAUCAUAUCCCUCAUAUUGUUUUUCGUCUUGAUUUCACGCCCAGAAUUCGUUGGUUUAGCAGUCAUUGAAGUGAAUAUUUGCGAAUUGACGUUAUACGGAUUGACAACGUUGGCAUCACUUAUUGGUAUGUGGCAGGUCCGCCAACUGAAGUAUGACGGCAGUAAAAAUCUACAUUUGGAUAACAUCCUCCUAGUUGGCGCCCAAACGGGCAUGUUUAUAUACAGUACAUUCACAAUAAUAGGUGGACAGUUCACGAUUCAGCGCAAUACGGUUUUAGUUCUAGUGACAGCUUUGACGUCCCUCCUUCAGACGACCUGUCAAACUAUAUUCAUCUUGGACGCAUCGAGAAGAACUUGCGCCACUUCGGAACAAAUCAAAAAGAAGCCUGGCCGACAGAUUGUUACUUUUCUGUUGGUAACGAAUCUAGCCAUGUGGGCCAUCAAUACUUUGGAGAAGUCAAGAGCUGAAUCUCAUCCUAUCCAGCUACAUUUUUACGGGCUCUGGGCUUGGACUAUUAUAACGCACGCUGCUAUGCCCCUAGCGAUUUUUUACAGGUUUCACUCCACAGUCUGCCUAUGCGAAAUCUGGAAAAGGGCUUACAAGAUGAAGCCUACGUAUAUGUGAACUGCAGGAAGUUGAGGAGUUGGAAUUCUAGUCAUUUGCGGUGGUUCGAAAUUGAAACUACUUGUUGCUCUAAAAGGGUUUGCCAACUGUGGAAUAGCUUAUACAGUGCUAGUCCCUAAUAUGAAAUAAAUUCAUUCAAUCAAAAAGUGUUAUUUCGUUUUUAAAUAUGCUUGGACAGAUCGAUUAAUAUUUAAAUUUGCUCCCUCUUUGAUGUGAAAAAAUGUCAAAUGGCUGUGUCCCAAAUUUGAGAUACUGCAUAUUCUUUUUUCACCCUCUACGUGAAUUUUCAUAGAGUAGAGUCAUUUGGGCACUUGGAAAAAUGGCUGUUCUUGUAUUAUUGACUGACACGUAUUCAAGAAUUCAACCAAAUUGAACAAUAGCAAUAAGGAAAAUUUGAAGUUUGUUGAUGAGGUGAAUAAUCCGGAUUUAGGUGAAAUUUCAUCAGCGGUUUGAUGACGAAAGCUAUAAGUUAUUCUCGUACACAAUUUCCUAAUUUAAAAUGUAUAAAAACAACGACUUAACAUGUGUUGUUUUUGUAGUUGAAAACAAAUGGAAGAACACGAGAAAAUAUCAAAUAGUUAAACGAAAUAAUAAGAAUUUAUCACAAAAUUUUCUUCUACGAAGAAUGUUAAACGUUUGGAAUAAAUCCAGAAAAAAGAUCAUUUCCAGGAAAUCUGAGCUGAAAAGGAAAAUUGCUUUCAAAAGUAGGGACGACUUUGAGGUUUUCUUGAUUCUAUAUCAUAACUUGCAUUUCUGGAAAUAGCAAUACCUACAGCUCAAUAAUUCGGCCCAUGAAAAAUUUUUGAGAAAAAGCAUAAUUUUCAAAAUAUUUCACAUUAAUCCAAAACAUGUACCUGCAUCGCAUAAAUUCUCAGGAAGAAUGCACACCAUUUACGUAUGAAAUCUGGGAACAAUAUACUCAAUGAUUUAAAUAUCAGUGCAAGAUGUACCUCUCACUUUCGUAUUAGUGUAAAGUAUAUUUUCGAAUUUUUAUAAAAUUGAUGAUGUUACUGUAUUUUGCUCAUUAACUAAAAACCAAUAUUUUAUAUACUUAAUCAAAGCUCAAUAUGUACAGUAUUUCAUAACUGAAUAUGUAUAUCAAUCAAUAUGUAAAUAGGUAUCGAAAUUAUUAUACUCAAUAAUCUUCAAAAGUUCAAAGAGAAAUUCGGAAAAUGUUUACAUCAUUUUCGUAUACACGAAAUCUAUUUAAUUGUAAAAAAAUUCGAUUUUUUCCUAUUUUCAUGAACUUUUCUGCUGUGUAUAGCGUCAGUUAUAAUUAUUGUUGUUUUUGAUGAAAAUCAAGGAAAUUGGGAUAAUUAUUCCUAGUAUACCUAAAAUGUUGCUGCAAUUGCAUGGGAAUAAUUUUUUCGAGAAAUUUGUACCGGUAUCAGAACAAAUUUUGUUCACCAACUCGUAAAAUAUCGUGUAUUUUAUAUUUUAGUGUUGGGAUUACGAAAUAAGCAGUAUUCAGAAUUUUAUUGUUUCAUUUUUUAUAUAUUUAAGGGAACAUUAUAUAUUUCCCGUAUUUUAUACUUUGAGUACUUUGAUAUAAAUAUUCAUAUUAACAGUUAUUCCUAAAUAUUGUGUCCAUUUGAAUUAUCGGUGAUGUACAAUUUGUUGUGCCAUAAUGUUUAUUUGAGAUAUAUUAGCUUGUUGUGGAUAUUUUAGCUAGGUUUACAUAAUUCGUUAUUGUUACACUGUUUCAUUAUUCAUAUUAAUAUUAAUUUGUUCAUGAAUGUGGAUGUUACUCGUAGCUUUAAUUAU